AUGUGGACCUGGCCGACCUCCUCCUCCCCUCCCAGGUUUCCGCCCCCCGCACCAUCGACGGGGCUUGCGGCCCCGUCUUGCUCCGUCACCCCGGCGCCGGGAGCUCACGCCUGCGGAGUUGCCUACGCCUUCUCCCUGUACCGGGACGUCGUCUGCUCCUCCUUCCCUGGGCGCCGUACGGAGCUCGACGACUACCUCGCCCUGGUCCUUCAGCUCGCCCUGCAGUUCGGGGGCUCCGGCUUAUACACCUACCACGUCCGGUUCGCCUUCGAUGCCGCAGGGCGGCUGCAGCACUUUAACGAGUCGACCUACUGGGGCGUGCUGGACAGUGAGGCCUAUUGCCGGGUCUUCGCCGCCCAGUCCGCUCUGCCCUGUUCCCUGUGCGGCGCCCCCUCCCAUCCUUCGCUGGAGUGCACGGGCUUCGUGAUUGGCCCGUUCGCCUCUCCCCCAUUCCCUAACUACCGGGUGAGCCCCAUCAGGGUCGCCACCUGGAAGUACUACAAGCAGAGACUAGUAAUUGACCUCUCUGCUCCCUGUCGUGGCCCCGUCCCCAGCAUCAACGGCUUGAUUCCCAGCCCGGACUACUCCCUGGCUUACACCACCAUAGACCAUGCCAUCUCCCUCAUCCGCCUGGCCGGCCGUGGCGCCUGGCUGGCUAAGGCCGACAUCACGACCGCAUUCAAGGUCCUUCCCAUCCCAGACUACUGGGCUUUCUUUGGGGUCUGCUGGGAGGAUUCCUACUACUUCGCUGUCCGACUGGCAUUCGGCUGCAAAAGCAGCCCGCGCUUGUUUGACUGCCUCUCCAAAGUGCUCUGGAUCCUCCUUAAUGAGUCCAAGGUUCCGUUCCUUGUCCAUCUUCUGGACGACUUCCUCACCAUCAGCCCCCCUUCAUCCCCACCGGCGCAAGGCCUCCACGCACUCACCACGGUGUUCUCACAAAUGGGUGUCCCCCUAUCCCUGGAAAAGACAGGGGACUCUGUGGCUUUCAAAGCUUCACUCCCCACCGACAAACUGGACCGCAUCACUCUCCUUCUUUCCAACUACCUGAUCACUCCCACCUGCACCAAGCGCCAACUCCUCUCCCUUCUCGGCCACCUCAACUACGCCCUCCGCAUCAUCCCCCAAGGCCGCUCCUUCAUAUCCCACCUCCUUCUCCUGGCUUCAUCUGUACAGUUGCUCCACCACACCAUCACACUGAAAGCCUCCUGUCUCAUGGAGUUGGAGCUCUGGCAUCAUCUCCUUUCCCACUGGAACAGCAUCACUUUCUUUUAUAACGAUCUCGUAUCCAACCCCAACGACAUGCAGCUCUUCACCGCCGCCGCCCCCUCUUCUGGUUUCGGCGGCUAUCAUAACGGCCGCUGGUUCUCCUCCCCAUGGCCUUCCGAGUUCCCUUCCUGCCCUUCUCCCUCACUGGCCCCCUCAUCCACACUUCACGAGGUCUACCCCAUCAUCAUCGCCGCCAUGUAUGAUAUUCAGGCGCUUGGCCCCAGAGGCGGACCCCCUUCCCACUUCGGUCCCUCUGUAUUCCUCUACGACCUUCCCGUAACUGCACCCCUCCACAACCUCCACCUCCGUACCCAGGACGUUAUCCUCCAAGGUCUGUCCCCCCGUACACUCUCCCCCUACUGGACAGCCUGGAAGUGCUUCAAGUCCUUCCACACCAUUCACCACCUCACAUUCCCCUCAUUCAACCUCCUCACCAGCUUCAUCUCAUACGGUCACGCGCACCUCUCUAUCCGCACUUCCACCAUUCACACAUACCUCAGCGGCAUCAACUUCUUUUGCAAGUUGCUCUCCGGUUCCCCCUGCACUGCCAUCUCCAACAGCCAGACCUCCCUUCUCAUGAAGGGUCUGAAGCGCCUGGAACCCUGCUCUCCCUCUGCACGACUCCCCCUCACUGCCGACCUACUAGCCGCCUGCAUCACCACACUGCGGUCUGGCUGCUCCUCCCCUUCCACUGACUCCACCCUAGACGCUAUGUUCCUCCUGGCCUUCUUCAGCUUCCAGAGGUGCUCCGAAUUCACGUCCACCUCCUCCACCUUCUACCCUUCUGCUCACCCAUGCGUCUUAGACAUCACUCUACACUGCCCCGAUUCACUCAUUUUCUCCCUGAAACGCAAGACCAAUCAGAGCGGGCCAGCAGUUCCCAUCUUCCACUUCCGCCUCAAUUUUCCCCUCAGCCCCUUCGAGUCACAACAGAAACUCAUUCACUCCAAAUCCGGAAACCACACCCUCCCAUCCAGCCCAUUAUUCAUCACGGAAUCAGGACUCGUCGCCUACCGGUUCUGGUUCCACCAUCAUCUCUGCCUCAUCCUCAGCAAAUCAGGUAUAGACCCCACACACUAUUCAGCACAUUCCUUCCGACUCGGCGCUGCUUCCUUUGCUUCCAGCCAGGGCGUCGCUGACCACACUAUCCAGCUUCUGGUUGCUGGUCCUGUCAGGCUUACCGCCUGUACGUUAGGACCAACCUCCCCGAUCUCCACCACACUCAGGCUCUCAUCAGCCUCGCUGCAGCCCGCACAAGAGUAUGUUCCUUUUGGGGAUCGAUCGAACCGCCGCUCGGCCGUGACCCUUAAGGACUCUCCGCCACACUCCGAGUCCAUACCCGGUAACAAUACACGCACCAUCCACAUCACCUCCACCACCAUUCCCUGUAUCCCCUAA